AUGAGGUGGACGAGAGCACAGAUCUUGAGAAGGAGUCCAAGAAUGAUGGAAGCAGGAUUUCAGUCAAAGUUUACUAAUACGGCUAACAAUGCUAUCGAUCUUGAAGAAGAAGAAGUUUUGUACAUUGAAUUAGAGUCAUCAAGCAUCCAUGUAGUUGAUGGAAAGAAAUCUAUGAGUAGUGUAGGGAAGAAAGGGGUACCUGGUGGGGAACAAAAACUAGAAUUACCCAAAAAGACAAGCAAUGAAAAAUCAUAUAAGAAUGACUCAAGUGAUGAUGAAUUUGUUGAUAAGAAAAUUAAUGUGGAUUCUGGAAAAAAUGAAAAGAAAAGGAAAAGGAAAAGGGUUGACAAAAGUGUUAAUGAUAAAAAGGUUAAGGUGAAAGGGAAAAAAAUGGCGUAUGCAGACAGAGUGAUAUGUGAAGAUGUAAAUUUGCAUAGGCAUAGGCCCUUCAUCACAGAAAUUGAUUCAAAGCACCUAAGAGUGUUAGAAGAAUAUGAAGUAAGCAGGGGUGUAUUUGGAAAUCCAAGUUUAAUGGAAAAUGUGGAUGGUGUGUUUUAUGAUGCAAAGAUUAAUCAAGAUCAUUUAAAAGAUAGAUCAGCUGAGGAGAGUUAUGGGAUUAUUGAGAGUAUGGUAGGAAGGUUGGUUGAGAAGAAAAAGGUUGUAGAGGCAAGUAGUUUAAUGUGUAUGGAAAUGCAUCUGAAUAAUGAUAAAAUGAAGGCAGUGAUUAAGAAGGUUGUUGACAUCUUUAAUGGGACAACACUAAAAGCCUUAAUUGUUGAUGGGCAUGAAGAUAGAAUAGAGGUUGAUGGUACGAGUGUGAAUGCAACAGAAGGAGGAAAAUCAGUUGAGGAUAUGAACCAAAUGAUUACUAAUUUGAUAAAUAAGAUGGGGAGGAUUUACUUAGUGGAUGAAAAGUUUAUUCUGAAUCGAAUGUGGAUGCUUCAGAUCAGGGAAUGGAAGGAAUGUCCCCGACAAUUGUCAAGCCAACUGCAACCUGAUGAAAUAGAAAGGAACAACUCUAAAAAGAGUAGUAUGUUUAAUAAUGAUUGUCCGUCGUUUGAAGCUAGACUUAAUGAAUGUGCAGAUGAGAUGAAUACUUCGAAAGGGAAUGAAGGUAAAGAUGAUGCAAUUGUUGAACAAGAACGUCCUAAAAGGACAAAGAGAAAGGUUGAAGCUGUAGUAGGGAUUAAAAUGAGAGAAAAAGGAGAAAUGAAUCAUGGACCUACAUUGAAGUCACCUUUUGUACAAAGAGUUGUGGACUUGAAAGAUUCAGUGAAGACCCUGAUAACAAGGAAUGUGGUGGUGUUGAAAAUGAAGUGUCAAGCAUACAACCGUUCAGAUGAUGGUAGAAUCUACCUUAUGUGA